AGUCAAAAUAAUUGUUCUUUUGUUUUGUUUUUGUUUUGGUUUUUCCCAUUACUCUAACUCAGUUAGCCAUGGAGGAAUCAGCACCGCAACCACCACUGCCGCCGAUGACGAUCGACGGCGCCGACAUAGACGCGGCGCUGGCGAAGUCGCACGUGCUGACCCGGCGCGAGGUUAUCGAGCGGCGGCUCCGCCGUGUCAAGCAACUCUCGCGGUACUAUCGGCGCCACUACUGGGCCCUUAUGGAAGAACUCAAGCACAAGUACAAAGAAUAUUACUGGAUCUACGGUAAGAGUCCUUUCAAGGAGGAUGAGAACCUCCCAAACGGCACCGUCGUUUCGGGGGGCAACGCAAACGGCACCGAGAAUACUGCCGUUUCGGACGAUAUCGUUCGGUGCGCUUUUGGUGGGUGCAAGACGAAGGCUAUGGCGCUCACAAGGUUCUGUCACGCUCAUAUACUGUUGGAUUCCAAACAGAGUCUUUAUCUGGGAUGCAGCACCGUCGCCAAAAAUUUACCAACAGGGCCUUCUUUUUGUAAUAAGCCAGUAUUGAGGUCCGUGGUUCCUCGUGCAUGCCCCAGUCAUUACCAAUUAGGUGAAAAGUGUUUGCUUCGUGCAGUAAAAAGGGCAGGUUUUAAUAUCCCAGCUAAUCGUAAGCCUAAUCCCAAGUUACAUGUAGUAAUUCCUGAAUUUGUCCGCCAUAUUCAAAACAAACGAAAAAUUGCACGAAGGGCAGCUGUACCUAAGCAUGAGACUGAAUAAAAAAACAAGAUUAAGUUGCUGUUAUUGAAAACAUUAUUGAUUACAAAGUAAAUAGGGUGGGCAGAUUCCAAAUUCUGAGAAACAAGAUUAUGAUUUGGUGUUGAAGCAUCAAGUGUCAAUAAAAAAUAUGUACGUAGAUGCCUGUAAAUUGUGAGUACUCUUGGCAUGUCCUUAAAUCUUUGUUUUUGUUUUUGUUUGUUUUGUUUAUUCUUGCCUGUAUAUUGUGAGUACUCUUGGCAUGUCCUUAAAUUUUUGUUUUUGUUUUUGUUUUUGUUUGUUUUGUUUAUUCUUGCUCAGUCAUUUUACUCUUUGUUGACACCCUAUGAGCAGCA